AUGUCGACAGGCACGCUAGCACCCUCCCCCACCUCCGCUGCGGGCGAGAGCCAGCUGCCCCCCCAGGCGCAGCAGCAGCAGCAGGCGCCUCCCCCUCAACAGCAGCAGGCUCCUCAACAACAGCAAACCUCCGGCCACCCCACAUAUGUAUCGCCUUCCCUCUACAUAGGGGAUUUGCAUCCCGACGUGACAGAGGCGAUGCUCUUCGAGGUGUUCAACUCCGUGGGGCCAGUCACUUCCAUUCGAGUAUGCCGAGACAGCGUAACGCGACGCAGCUUGGGCUAUGCAUACGUGAACUACCAAACCCUGCAGGAUGCCGAGCGCUCUUUAGAUGCUUUGAACUAUACGCUGAUUAGGGGGCAACCGUGUCGCAUUAUGUGGAGCCAGCGUGACCCUACUCUGCGGAAGAGUGGAAAUGGCAACGUGUUUGUAAAGAAUCUUGAUAGGAGCAUCGACAACAAGGCCCUCUACGAUACCUUCUCGCUCUUUGGAAACAUUCUCAGUUGCAAGGUCGGCGUGGAUGAGAGCAACAGGAGCAAGGGUUACGGGUUCGUCCACUACGAAAGCGAGGCUUCGGCGAAGAGCGCCAUCGAGAAGGUGAAUGGCAUGCUUAUUGGCGGAAAGACGGUGUAUGUAGGGCCGUUUGUUACGCGCAGUGAGCGGGAGAGCGCCGGAGAGAACCGAUAUACGAAUAUCUACAUCAAGAAUAUUCCCAAGUGCUGGGGGUCCGUGGAGGCUCUAAGGCCGAUUCUGGAGGAGUAUGGAGAGAUUACAAGCCUUGUAGUUCGGCAGGAUCCUAAAGGCCGUUACUUUGCCUUCUGCAACUUCGCCGAGCAUGCAGAGGCGAAGGCGUGUGUGGAUAGCCUGAACGGCCGGCCUGUCAACGAGAAGGGGUUCAAGGAGAAGGGCGAGCAGCAGCAGCAGCAAGACCAGCAGAAGGCGGAGGGGGAGGAGGGCACGACUGCCGCUGGGGAGGGCAGUGGAGCCGAUGGCAGCGAGGAGAUGCUGCUCUUCGUAGGACCCCAUCAAUCUCGCGCGCAGCGUUCAGCGGUGCUGCGAGCUCGGUUCGAGCAGCAGCAGCAGGAGAAGGGGGAGCGUUACCAAGGCGUAAACCUAUAUGUUAAGAACUUGGACGACUCCGUAGACGACGAAAAGCUGCGCGAGCUGUUCGAGGCUUUUGGUCCGACCAGCAGCGUCAAAGUCAUGCGGGAUGAGCGCGGCGUCUCUCGAGGGUUCGGUUUCGUCUGCUUCGUCAACUCGGAAGAUGCCACCAAGGCUGUCGCGGAAAUGCAUUUGAAGUAUGUUCGGGGAAAGCCUUUGUACACAGGACUGGCAGAGAGGCGAGAACAGAGGCUCCAGAGGCUGCAACAGAGAUUUCGGCUGCCUCAGAUGCGUCCUGCUGCACCGGGUGUAGGUGGACCUCAUGUUGGCUAUCCAGCCGCGCCUGCAGCGCUUGCUGGCGUUGGGAGCUUUCAGCCUAGGCCUAUGAUGUAUCCCCCGCAGUCUCACGUGACGAUGCUCCCUUGGAAUGGCAGGCAGCAGCAGCAGCAGCCUUUCCAUCCCCAGCAAAGUCUCGCCAUGCAGAGGGGGAUGACGCCUGCGUUGCAGCACAUCUAUGGCCCUCAGUCGGCCGUAGCUGCUGCCGCGGCGCUUCAGGUGUCGCUACAGCAGCAGCAGCAGCAGCCAAUGGUGCAGCAACAACGAGGGGCUGCUGGACACAGAGGGGGGAGAGGCGGUGCCGUGGGGAAUGGGAAGCAGCAACAGCUGCUGAAGCAGCAGCAGCAGAUGCCUGGAGGCGGCUCGUUCAAGUUCACCCCGCAAGUGCGCAACCCUCGAGUGGAGCAGCAGCAGCAACAGCAACAAAUGCAUGUGCAGCAACCGCAGCAGCAGCAGCAACAGGCACCUCUCGAUACUCCCCAUCUCUUGCUCUCCCCCGAUGCUCCGCUGACGGCAGCGGCGCUGGCGGCAGCGCAGCCCUCCAUGCAAAAGCAGAUGUUGGGUGAGCGUUUGUUCCCGCUCAUAGCUCGCCAUCAGCCAGAGCUAGCUGGCAAAAUUACAGGGAUGAUGCUUGAGAUGGACAACAGUGAGCUGCUCAUACUGCUGGAGAGCGAGGCUCAGCUGAAGAGCAAAAUCGAUGAAGCGCUGGGAGUGCUCCGGAGCGCCAACUAG